AUGACCGGCGUCGGUGCCUUUCCUCAGACCCCCGUGGCACCCCGAGUAGGGCGUGCCCGGCCAACUCCCUUCAACAACAAUCUUCCGCCAACCCUCCAACACCAGCCCCGACGACCACCGGCAAACCCCAAUCCGCUGCCCGUGGCUCCCCAAGCAGGCGGCGCACCCCCCACUGCCAACCCUCCCGUCAUUCCAUUAAACAUCCUCGAUGCCCCGACACAGCGUCUGUACGCGGUUGCCGUCUAUGCUGGGCUCUUGGCAUGGAAGCUCUACGACUGGGCCGGCGUGGUGGAGGAGGACACCGAGUCCUUGUGGCUGUUUCUCAAAUGGGUUGCCAUAGAUUGCGCCUUCUUGUUCGGCCUGCCAGAGCUUAGGAUACCAUGGCUGGAACUAUCGCAGCCCUUCGUUAUAUCGGCCUUCUUUAUUCACGCCUUCAUUGACUGGUCCUUGAUGUUCAACCUUGGGUUUGGUUGGCAGGGAUGGAUCAUCGGAAUUGUCAAGAUGUUUUAUGAUCGCGAACUGGCUAUUUCUGAGCACAACGUCAAGCUUUCCAGCAUUAUUCACAACCACUCGCUCAUCAUGGGCAAGCAAAUCAUCAACAUUCUCCCCGAGGGCUCAGCGGUGCUCAACCCCGAACGACACCCGCUCUGCUUGAGCAGUGACCAGAAGACCGCGCUCAUCCCCAUGUUUUUCAACGCUACCAUUCCGGUCGAAGUCGAGCUGCUUCGCACCGAUCUCGAAACGGGUCAUCAAGAGUCCAUCAAGCUCGGCAGAGUGCAUCUUAGGGAUAUCGAACGAAAGGCCAAGAAGAAUAGCGACCUUGAUGAUAUGCAGUCUGUGGUCCACUUUGAAUAUCCUGCCAAGAAGCCUGGCGCUUACCAACUCGGAAAAGUUCUGGACGAGUACAAGUUGGAGGUGCAGCGUCCUGGUCCCCCAACCUUUGUUGUGCCUUGCCCAAAGGCUUGGGUUGGGCCCACGACAACCCCCGGAAGGUGUCUCGCUGAUCUCUCGGAUCUGACUCUUCAGGUGGAAGGUACUCCGCCCCUCAAGAUCACUUACAGCCGUGCCAUCAAUGGCAAGGAUGUCAGCUUUCACUUUCAGAGCUUGCAGCCCGAGGGAUUCAUGAGUCCUCUCGGCGCCAUACGGCCCACGAGUCUGGUGCAGGAUGACGAUGAAGACAUCUCCUGGGCCAGGCCCCAGCGCGUUCCUGUCAGUGUCAACGAGUCCAUGUACGCCAGCGGAAAGUGGCAGUACUCUGUUGACGAGGUCCAGGACGGAUUUGGGAACGUUGUUAAGUACAUUUCCCCUUCGGAAGAUCCAGAGGGCAAAGCCAAGCCCAAGGAACUGGUCCAGGACUUCCUCGUCAAAGAACGCCCAAUCCUUAAACUUGAUGGGUGUGAUCUGAGGAACCCGUUGAGGGCUGCCAGGGGUGACUCCAAGGAGCUGCCGGUCAAGUUUGGGAUUGGCGGUACGCCUGAUUCAACAGCGCACAGUCUGAGCUGGCUUUUCUCGCCCAUAGACACCCUUACAGAUACCGGAGAUCACGGAGAUGUGGUUUCGGUUGGCACCUUCAAUGCUAAAAACGCCAGGGACAAACCAAGGAUCUCUGCUCCCGGUCUUUACACUCUCAAGUCUGUAUCUUCCGGUGGAUGUGAGGGUGAAGUGCGGGAGCCGUCCUCCUGCUUGCUUUUGAACCCUCUCGAACCAAAACUUUCAUUGCGUUCAGAAGAAAUUCCAGACACAUGUGCUGGCAACUCGAUCGGUCUCCAGGUGGACCUUCACUUGAUUGGCACCCCACCGUUCAUCCUUCGAUACGAUAUCAUUGAAAACGGAAAAACGAGACACGCGGACCCGGUUAAGAUCCCUGGCCUGCGCCACCAGAUGGAGUUGAUCCCCAGCGUUUCCGGGCACCACAAGUACAUCUUCACUCAUAUCAGUGACGAUGUCUACAAGGGAGUCAAACUUUCGGGCCCAGAAUUCACCCUGGAGCAGGAUGUCAAGCCGCAGGCGAGCGCUAUUCUCCAGCAGACCAUCGGUAAAAAGGCUUGCUUGGGAGACCACGUGACGGCGGACGUCAUGCUCCUGGGAGACGCACCCUUCACUUUGGAAUGGGAAAUCAUCCACGAUGGAAAGAGAAAGGCCCACAAGGCUACCAACAUUGAAGGGAAUGAGUACCAAAUCUCGACGCCACCUUUGACCCAGGGUGGCGAGUACACUCUGGCAUUGAGCAGCGUGCAGGACAAGAGAGGCUGCCGCAACUUUUUGAAGCAAGAGCUGAAGAUCUCGGUACGUCGCCAAAGCCCAAGGGCUGCGUUUGGCCAGAUUGAGCACAAGCGCAAGAUCACGGGCGUCGAGGGCUCGCCCCUUAGCCUGCCUUUGAGGCUCACUGGUGAGGGACCCUGGAAGGUCUCGUACAUCAAGCUCAACGACGACGCGGCUACGCGCCAAGAGAGGACUGUCAGAAACGACAAUGGUUAUCUUUCGGUCCGGGAACGUGGUACCUACCAGCUUGUGGAUGUUUGGGACAACCAAUGCCAUGGUGUUAUUGACCCCAAGACCUCCACAUUUGAGGUCGACUGGUUCUCUCGCCCCGACAUGUCUGUCCUGCUCUCUCACGGCGUUCAGCGAACGGAGACUGGAUACCGCCUGGAAGAUGUCUGCGAAGGUGAUGUGUCUGGUUUCGAGAAGUUUGAUGUCGCCUUGAGAAAGGAAUCAAUCCAAGCCGACACAUCCAAGGCCGGCACAUACACGUACAAGUUCACGGCGUUGGAAGACCACCUGUACAACAGCGAUCGCAACUUCAAGCCCGUGCUCGUAGAGCAGAAGGUGAACAGCAAGCCCACGGCGGCAUUUGCCAAACCUGGACAAACCUUCAAGUAUUGCAAAUCCGAGCAGGGUGCGGAAGAAGGAAUCCCUGUCGUUCUCUCAGGUGUGCCUCCAUUUUCUCUGGAGGUCGAGAUCAAGCACCAAAGCGCCGCCCUCCCCGAGAUUUACCGGACCCCCGUCAUCAACUCGGACACGUACGAAAUCCAGAUCCCUCGGCAUCAGCUUCGCCUUGGUACCCAGAACAUCCGCAUCCGCGAUGUCAAGGAUGGCAGCGGCUGCCACUCGGCCACAGCCAACAUUGGCGGUCCUUCGAUCCAGGUGCAGCUCUUUGAGGCGCCCACCAUCUACCCGCUCGAGACACGCACCGACUACUGCGUGGGUGAGCGUAUCUCGUACACCUUGUCAGGCAGCCCACCAUUCGACGUCUGGUAUACCUUUGACGGCGUCGAGCGCAAAGCCAAGUCAACCACGACUAACUUCCGUCGCGUGGCCGAGUCGCCUGGUGAGUUUGUCAUCACGACCAUUUCAGACAAGUCGUCCGAGUGCAAGGCGCCUGUCAAUGUGGCCAAGACGAUCCACCCCAUGCCGGCCGUCAAGAUCAGCAGGGGCAAGAACGCUCGCGUUGAUAUCCACGAAGGUGGAGAGGUGGAGAUUCUGUUCGAGUUCUGGGGCACGCCUCCCUUUGAGUUUACGUAUACUCGUAGCACGAACGCGAAGAAGGGACAGAAGAGUGUUGUGUUGGAGACGAGGCACGAUAUUAGCCACGAGCACAGCAAGGUCAUCCGGGCGAGCCAGGAGGGCACGUAUGAGGUUGUGGCCAUCAAGGAUAAGUUUUGCGCUUUUUCGACGAUGGGGGGAGAUGAGAAGGGUGAUAGGAAGGGACAGAAGAAGUUGGGGUAUUGA